AUGACGGCGUACCUCUUGAGCCACCCGAACAACACGUUGUGGGACUUUUUCAAGAUCGAGCGCAAGCAGAAGCGGGCAAUGUGGAACCACUUGCCCACGUCGGAGAAAUUCAAAAAGGUGUUUCGGAACGUGGUCGACAUCGUGUCAGACACGGCGAUCGAGACCGCGCACUUGAUGGCCGACGUGGUCGAGUGGUGCGUCCACACGCUGCAUCACCCGCACGUGGGCAUGCGCCAAGUGUCGGACUUUUUCAAUCAAUUUGGCCGAAACGUCAUGAUCAUUCAUGGCCUCUUGAUGAACGACACGCAGCGCACGGUGGAGAACGUCGGUGGGGGGACGCUCCUGUUCAUCCGACACCACCCAGCGGAUUUCAUGUCGGCCGCCAUCGUGAUCUUCGCUACUGGAGCUGCUCAGAUACAUGGACUGUUCAUGGCAAUUGAAUUUGUGUUUGGAAGCGCGGCUACGGCUAUCAUCAAGGUGUUGUUGACGGUCAUGACGUUCAUGCACUUCGUUGACGUCCCCGUCCUGCUCAUCUCGCCGUUCGUCUCGUCGUUUGCGAAAACGUCUUCAGCAUUGUCUUCGGGGCUGAACUUGACUCAGAAUGGCUCGACGCUGACGUUGGAUGCCAUUCAGCCUACGAACGCAUGCCUCAUCCCCAAAGCGUACCAGCCCACGUUCUCGUCCCGUGACUUGUGUCUCAGCACGCCAGCAGAAGUGCGCGUGCUGCUCUUCGGCACGGCCAAGCGAUCGAUUGACAUGAGCGACGACGAGCGCAUGCACGCGUUCAACUACUUUCACGACUUUGUGUGCUGCUUCCUCACGGACCAGGAGUUCGAAGUGAAUGCUCCGGUCAUAAAUGAAACCAGCUUUGAAGCGACGCUCGUGCCGAUGCCCGUGAAGAUGACGGAUUGCGAUAAGCUCUUCGCGGUCCAUAGUGCCACGACGGCGUGGCGGACGAGUGUAGGUUCGGGCAGUGUCGAGGAAGACUGA